CAAAUCGAGUGUGUUCGCCAAACUCGUCAUAAGCGAUGUAGUUUUUGGCUGAAAACAAAGUUCGCGUGAGGUCACAACCAGGGCUUCCUGUCGAGUUCUAUAAAAGGUUACCAAUGCCCAGCUACAGGCUUACUGUCCGACCUGUUGUAGGUGAUACUAUAACACUCGGACCUUCGACUAGAAGAUCCUUCGCCGCCUCUCUGUACUGUGCUGAAGAUUCUGAUCAAAGGACCGAUGCAGCUAUUGACGGCAGCGCUGUCUUUGGCGCUAUUUUCCCUGGUCACUGAUGCUCAAUCAUUCCAGAUACGGUGUGUCCCUGCACUAGCUCAAGACAGAAGUGUCGUGGUACUAACAUGCACUGUGAACGACGAACUAUAUUCUGGAGUGG